AGGUUCAUUGCCAAACCAUGUGCCUUAGCCUUAAAAGUCCAAGCGAACGGACCACAAAAAGCUCAGCCUAAUGCUAUCCUUGAAAAGGUGUUCACUGCAAUUACAAAGGUGGCGAUUUACAUUUUACAUGUAUAUGUUCACUUACGGAGUUCGGCUGCUGAAACAGAGUCCAUGGUGGUGGAAUACCAGGCAGUGCUGGAUAGGAUAUCCAUUACAGCCAUUGACUCCUGAGCUUCAUUAUUACUACAUAAUUCAGCUAUCAUUCUACUGGUCAUUAAUGUUCUCUCAGUUCAUUGACAUCAAAAGAAAGGACUUUGCUAUAAUGUUUACGCAUCACAUUGUAACAGUUACUUUGCUGACCUUCUCGUAUACAGUCAAUUUCACGCGUGUGGGGGCCUUGACACUGUGUCUUCACGAUUCAGUCGACAUUGUGCUGGAGGCAGCCAAACUGACAAACUACUGCAAGUGUCAAAGACUGUGUGAUAUCCUUUUCCUCAUGUUUGCAAUUAUAUUCAUUAUCACCAGACUUGGAAUAUAUCCUUUGUGGAUACUGAACACAACGUUAUUUGAGCUGCCUGCAGUUAUUGGCACUUUUCCUUCCUGGUCAAUCUUUAUCAUUUUACUUCUGGUCCUUCAAGUUCUUCACUAUUUUUGGACUUACCUAAUAGUAAAAGCAGCUUAUAAAGCUUUUUCUAAAGGCAAGGCUGGGAAGUGGAACCCUUUGCAUGCAAGGGACGACCGUAGUGAUGUUGAAUCGAGCUCGGAUGAAGAACCCUCACCUCAUUCAAAGACCUCCCAUAGCUCUGCCACCACCAAUGGGACCAGCGGAGCAAAUGGGACAAACGGCUACCUCACUGGUGGCAGUUCUGCGGAGGAACACUAAUUUCUGCAGAUUAAGCACUAAGAGACAAAAUGAACUGUUUGCUACAGGAAGUAAAUAAGUUAUGAAUGCUGGGUCUCUUUUUUCUUUCCUGAUUCUUUCUGUCAACAUCAGAGGGGGGAAAAGCCCACUUAAUAUAUUUAAAUUAUUCUGAUAGUGCACUAUGUAUUUCCUGUUUGUGAAUGACAGCGCCACGCCAUUCUCUGUAUGUAGGCAUGCUGUAUUUGUAUAUAAUGACCAGAUGGGAAAAGUAUUUUCUUCUGUACUCACUAUUAUUUUUUAUAGAUAGAUAAAUAUAUUAUUUGAGGGUGACUUGCAGGUGAACAGGAGCUUCCUGCCGAUUUUCUCGUGGUCUUUGUCCAAGCUAAAGAUUGCCAGGCUGAGGUAGGUCUUCUUCUGGCCUAAUGUUUUAGGCAUCUGCUUGAAUUUCAUUCCCACUAGAAGUCCUUCUUCAGUUUUCAGACCUCUUUGCUAUUUUUGUGCUGAAGGAUGCUGGGUUUUGAGAUUGCCAGUACAAUCACAAAAGGUAGUCACCAUCCCCUCCCCUGGUAUGAAGUUUUUGAAAUGGUGUGUUCAUGUUUCAGUAGCCUCUAGUUCAGUUAUUCAGACUAAACUAGUUCCUGUAGGAUGGGAUUUUAGCAUCCUUUUAAACUCCGAAGUUGGUGGUGAAUUAGAAUAGAAGAGACUUCACUGUUGGUGCAAAUGCCCAAGCUACGUUUACAAGUACAGCAACCUCAUCUUGUGGAAAAGUCCCAUCUUGCAAAAAUUUAAUCUCUCAACAAGAUUGUUGUAUAGCUUUUGUGCUGAGUUUUGGGGGGAGGGGGAUGAAUAUUUACACAGAUGUAAAACCAUGACCUCAAAACUUACGCUUAUUUGGAGAAAUAGCAAUUGGAUGAAGAAAACAGAACAAAUUAACUGCUUAUUAGAAAUACUGUGGAUCAGAGGUAUUGGUGUAUUAGUAUGUGUUGAGGCGGUAUAUUAGAGAGAAAUUAGAAUGCGUUAAGUUUCACCAACUGCAGAGGUAUUGGUAAAGCUGGCUCUGGACCGUACCAUUUCAAACAGGGGAGGUCUGUCAUAUGACUGAAUGAUUUCCCGUACAAAAUAAUUCCCUGUAAGAAGUAAACAAGCAUCUCAGGAGGAGGAGUCCAGGCUCGUUUUCUGCAUGAAGGGAAUUAUUUAACACAGAGUGGUAUGUCAUGUCACACGCCCCAACAUGCCAUUCUGCAGCUCAGCCAAGACUGAUUUGUUUCCUUAUCUGCUGCAGGUGGAAAAUUAGGCCUUACACUAACCCCCGAGGGUUAUUUUAUAGCACGCAUGCAAAUGCUGUCCUGCAUUUUUCAGUUCUUCAGGACCACUCCAAUUCACUUGUGGGAUCACAGCGGCCAGCAGUGAUCCUACCCCAGUCAACGCAACUAGGAGCAGCAGCAGACUCCCCUACCCUAGCAAUGGCAGCAGAAGUCUUAUUCCUGUAGUAUUUUCUCCCACCCUUUGUGUGAGGAAAAAGGCACUUGCCUUAACUAGCAGCACUUGCCGCAUUUCCAGGUUUUGUGCCCAACCUGGGAGCUGCAGAAACUGCUUCCUGGACGUCCCCAGAUAGGAACUCAUACGAAACCUCAUUUUAAUUAUUAGGUAAAGCUUGGAAGUGACAUUCCCCUUACUUUUCUUUGGCAUAAGAGCAAACUUGUAUCUAUUGCUAAUCCCCCCCCCCCAAAAAAAAAAAAAAAUCAGGAGGAGCGCACGCCUUACUGGAAAAGUAUUUGUUCUUUUUUUUUAAAAAAAAAAAAUCUCUCUUCAUUUGAAGCUUCCUGAUUUGACAAAAGAUCCCUAUCUCCAAAGAUAUUUCUGUACCUAGCCAAGCAAGUAUCAGCCCAUUAAAAGUUUUUGGUGGGUGUUUCUCUGUGCAGUUUCAUUCUGUAGCAGGGCUAUGCACAGAAGAAAUGUGUGUGCCAAAGAACCUACAACAGCAGUAUGGACGGGAAUACUCUGGAAGCAGGAAAUGACCUGCUGUGAAUCAUAAGAUCGGUGCCUCCACUAGAACCAGAAUUUUUGUUUCCUUCUACACACUUCUGCAACAUAAUCUCACGUGAAUAUUUUGCUGAGCAAUGCAGUAUUUUUGCAUGGCUUUGUUUUGUACCAGAGAGGUCGGGGAUUGGCUCUUGUUCAACAGAAAAGCCUGUCGUUGACUUCCUGUUCCUUAUUUUUGAAGCCAACCAAAGUUGAAGGCUUUCUCCUCUCAUCCCCUUCACCCCGUUGAGUUGGAGUAUUCUGAAUAGCUCUUGUGAAUACCUGGACUCAGAUCCAACUUGCAGCUCUUCAGUUUGAAGCUCUUCAACACCCAGGAGGUAGUGAUUUUGGAGAUUGGUCCCAUGCAGGAUUUCCACAAAUGAAAGAGGUUGUGGUUCUCACCGAUUUGCCCCUCUUCUGUUGCAGACUUCAAAAGCCUCACUAUUCCUGAGGAUUCCCUGUUGAAGAGGGUUGUUUUGGGCGCAAGGGGAAGGGGAGGUGUGGAAAGUUUGUUCUGUCGGCUGAAGAGUUCUGCAGGACCCAAACUUUGAUGUUGAACCUCUUACAAAGUGAGUUCAACAAAACCCCUGGAAAAGUCAGUUACAUCGCAACAUGUUAAAGGAAAACAACCCUUUAACUGUCCUUUAUUUAAUAGUUAAAAAGCCGGAAUGUUUGGCGAGAAAUAAACAGUACCAAUAAUCCAUUUAAGUUAGCUAGAGGUUAAUUGCCAUUGGAGUUUGUUUUUCCAUCCCCAUGCUGUAAUUCAGGAGCUAUCACAGGUUGACUUCUGCUUCUGAUGCAGUCUUACCUUUUCCAAUACUGAAAGCCAAACCAGACAGGAUGCUGGCAUUUCUACGAAUGGUUUGGGGUUUGGGGGAUUAUGAUUUUUAGUUGUUUGGGUUUUUUAAAUCUUUUUACUUCAAAAAGCAGGUGCAACAGAGCUAGUUUCUGAUUGGGACCAUGACGAAUGGAGACUGAAACCUCCCUUGCUCGGUGUGGUUUUCCUGACAUGAAUUAGUCCUACAGAGCUGAUUUUUGCUCUGUUGGUCAAACAUGAAGUUACCUGUGUCAGCAUAUGUAUGUUUCAGGUCAGGAACAAAUUGCAUGUGGUGAGGGAAGGGUUAAAUUCUCCCUGGUACCACAGUCCUAAUCUGAGUUGUCCCCUGUGCUCUAUGUAAAGAAAUAACUUUGCAAGCUACAUACAGCAUCAAAUUGGAUUUGUCCCUAAGUCUGUAAAGCUAAGCUGGAUUCCUCUACACAGUAUGAAGGGACACCUGUAUGAAAAAAAUAAGUCUGCAUGGGUUUGAAUGGGGGACUGAAAGUGCAAUCUAAUUGAACAUACACACAUCAGUAGUCACAAUUAAUUUUCCUGCUAAUGAUGAAUACUGAUUUGGAGGGAACUCUGUUGAUUUGGAGAGAGGGGAUCUUUCAAAUGCUUAACAGAACUUGAACAAAGAGCUGGUCUUUUCUGAACUCAGGGCCACUAUUUUGAAGAAAGGGGUUAGGACCGACAGCUAGUGGCCAUUACAAUUCUUUUGGCUACAUUCAGUUUGAGAUGAGAUGCACAGUAAUAGGCUCGAUACAAAGGAAUCUCCUUCGCACUUUCAAAAAGUGGUCUAUAGAAACUGUAGUUGAUCUAUAGAAGGGUUAUUACAAUUUAGUAUACACUGGAUAUCCUCCAUCAUUUUGUUGCCACAGAUAUCCCAGUGUAUGGAUGGAGUCUUCCUUCAGAGGGAGAUUCCCUAUAUAGCGAUGGAUUGAAGGGUAUGGGAAACGCCCUUGGGGGUGUACCCACUAACCCCUUGGGGAUGUUCUACCAUGUAUGCAAGGAACUGGAGGUCUAGACAAAAAAUGUUUAAUCGCAAUGUAUUUCUAGAAGAAAAAAGUCCACUUUCUGAAUUUCUGUUAUGAAUAUAUAUAGAUAGAUAGAUAUUAAACUCUAUUACCCACUCUUGUUAGUGAACGUUCUUUGAACCCUUUUAACACUAGAAUUAAGAGAUAUAAUGGCUGGGAUAUAUAAAGUAGAAAAAGUGAAGAAAACAGUUAUGUAGAACUUAGUAGCGAUUAGGUAGACUGAGCAGCCUGUUAGCCGGCCCUGGGGAUAGUCAAGUGAGACCCGUUGUUGUUUGCAUUUACUUAAGUAUUGACACUUAAAUCGCUGAAAGAAGAAAAUGUGUUUUGUAAAAAGUUGGUCUAGCGUCUGGUGUGUAGGUUUCUAAAGCAUAUAUCCAAUUGAGGGUAGAAAUGUUGGGGAUUUAUUCGCAAUCUCUGUCCAGGUGAUCGAAUGUCAGAUUUAAAAUGCCAAAAAGAAAUAGAUAUAUCUCUGUUGCCAUAUAUGGUUUUCUUCAUUUCAUGUGUUCAUGGUGAGUUAGGUUGCAGUUUCCUUCCAUCUGUUUCCAAGGCAGAGGGCCGGUUCACUCGGGCAGCGUACAUGGGCAGGGUGCAAGAGUCGGCUUCGGCUUGCGCAUAACUGUCCUGCCACAUGGAGAAACUUGAAUAUGAACUUGGCCUCAUGUGCAUAAAUAAUUAUAUGAGUAGCCCCCUCUGAAAGUGUCUUUUAAACAAAAACUUUUUUGCAAUUCACAUAUUUGUGGAGUCUGCAUAUGUAGGGGCUUAUGUCCCUCAACUCUGAAUUCACAUUCAGGAUUCCACAAACAGCAGCACGGAAAGCUGCGCACGUCUGCCGCUCACUUCUUUACUUUGCCACGAGUGCAGUCUUUACGUCAGUGCUAGUCCACAGUUUAUUUGCAUGAAGGGAAAUUGUUGGCUAUUCAUAUUUGAUGGCUACACGGCACAGAGUUUGCUCCUUUCGGGAGCCUUUACAUGACUCUCGCCCCCCUACUGUCAUGCAAUCCAUGUGGUGGUGUUAGGAAGCCGUUGGUGUGAUCUGCAAGGAAUGAAUGACCAUUUAAGGUUUGGGAUCCUGUCGUAGAAAAAGGAAGGUUAGCUGUGCAAUUGGAAUGAUUGUGGAGAUCCUUCACUGGUGACUUUAUUAACGCCCUCUUCCUCUCAAGCAACUUUAAUAUCUGAGCUGAGCAUGCCGUAACAAGCAAGAAAACAGUCUGCAUAUGUGUGUGCGUGUACCGUAUUUUGCAAUAAACUAAGGGAAGAUUGUUGUGUAACCAAAUGCCACAUGGUUUUGAAUGUCUGACAUUGCCCAUAGAAAGGCAUAGAUUACACAAUAUUCUGGUGAUUCAGGUUGGCCAUCCUUUCUGCCGUUUCCCUUGAUUGGCAGAGCAUGGCAGAGAGUUCUGAAUAUAGGGCUAUUACUGUCCGUAUUUCACAUCUCAAAAAUAUAUGCACCGUGACUUGGGGUUUCUGUAGAUUUCCCAUGCGAGAGAAAGAUUGCCCCAUUGCUGUAUGUUUUGUAUUUAUUUUUGAUUUACUAUGGGAUGAUAAUUUUGUGCUGUUUUAAUGACCCAAUAUCUCAUGUCCACAUGAAGUAAUUAUUUCAGUUCUGUAUGCCCGCGUGAAAAAAAGGCCAAAAUAUCCCAAAUCACAGUGUUCUUCAAAAUAAGAGUUGCCUUGAAACCAUAAGCUUCAUAAUGGCUCUUUUAAAUCAGUGGGGUGUUGUAUUUAUACAUGGAGGGGAUUUUUUUCUACUGCACUGUGUUGGUUUCUUUCUGUUGGUACGUUGAGAAAACCAUGCAUUUUAAGCUUCUUUUCUUAACAUGGUUGUGAGUUUGGAAGACAAACAUACACAGCGUAUUUUUUACUUUCAGGAAGUUCCAGUUUGUAAUUACAGUGAAACUCUGAACCUUACAAAGCUCUACACUUAGGAAAUCUCUUCUACUUAUUUUAAUGGAGGGGAAAGGUUACGUAUUUUAAUAGUAUUUAUUCGAAACUUGACUCCAGCCUCAUGAUUCAACAAGACCUGUUGACCAAAAGCAUUUGGUAAUUAUAUUCAUCUCCAAACCAAAAGGAUGAUACAUACAGAUCUGCAUCAGAGCAGUUUUGUCCCUGCAUGCUGAUUUCUAAAUAACGAAAACAAUAACGAUCAGUCUGUGUUCUAUACGGUGGUUACCUUCCUCACGUCAGGGCAGGAAACAAUGGUGCAAUUUUUUUUCACCCGUGUUUUCAAGACAAUCCAGUGUUUGAGCAACUCUCGCUACGACAAUAACAUACUGGUAUUCCAGUGUUGGAAAUGCCGUGAUGUGUUAGCCUUAGAUUUUGCUUCUGGGGUUUUGUUUUGUUUUUUUAAAUAUAGAAAUUACAAUUCUUCCUGGAAUAUUUGAAAUUAAUAUUGUGAACUUUUAAUUUUAAAAAAACAACACUUUCAUAAUAAACACUGAGUAUUAUGAAUGUC